GCCCCUUCGCCUAGAGCGGGAGAUUUACUAGGCUAGUCGGGGGAGAGUUCCCGCGUUGCUGCGGCUGUGCGACCAGCGUGAGGUCCUUCCCUUCUAGGCUAGCCAUGGAGCGGUGCCAGACGGUGAGGGCCCUUCUGAAGGCCUGGGAGAUGGCAUUCCUUCAAGAACACAAAAGGAAACCCAACAAGAAUGAUGUGGAGUCAGCACCAGAGGAAAUGAAAGAACUCUACCGAGAAUACCGAGCCCUAAGGAGAGGCCAGGAGUCAGCAGGCCUUCCACAGCCCACCAACUCAGGCCAGAAGGGUGCACCUGCAGAACAGGCACCAGGGGUGGACAGCUGGGGUGCACAUCUCAACAGGAAUGUGACGAAGCCACCACUGCCCACCCAGAGAGCCACCCUCCAGCAACCUUUGCAGUGCUAUGGGAGGACGCUCAAGUCUAACCUGAAAGCCACCUUGCAGGCAGGACCAUCCUCAGGCCGGAUACCUCGGCUUCCACGCGGACAGCAGCCAAAGAAGUGCCCCUCGCCCAAGUCUCAUUUGUCAGUUCCCUCUGCCCCAACAGAAGUCAUACCUAGUCCCUGUGAGGGAGACACUGCCAUGCUCAAGCCCUCCAUACCUCCCUGGGGCUGUGGACCAAGGCCCAUUCCCCAGCCUGGAAAAAUGAAGCAAUUACAACACACCCUGGGCCAGAGGCUGAGCUCCCUGGAUCCUGGCUGGUUGCAAAGGUGCCAGGUUGAGGCGAGAGACAAGCUAGGAAAGAUAGAACACUCCAGCUUGCCUUCCAGUCCUCUGAGCCCACCAGCGGAGACCCAAAACCCCUGGCCAGAACAGGAAAACAACAUAGAGUCCCAGCACCCUGCUGAGACCGACCCGAAAUCAGUCCCUAAGGGUGACAGUUUCAGUGAUUCUCCUCUGUCUGAGAUGCCAGAAACAAGGCUACUCUGUGACAACCUCCCUGGGAAAGAAAAGGCUCCUUCUUUGAGUAAGGUCAGGACAUUGCAAAGAAAUCCCUCUCGGAAGAGACAAAGGGAUGGGAGCCGAGAUAGAACCUCAAAGCAUCGGAAAACUGGCACUGAGAAGACGAAGCCCAGGGCUGAGCCUGUACCCAAGUCUGAUGGGGAGCACAGCAAGGAGUCUGGAAGAGUGGUGGCUCUGGAGGCCCCUGAGGAAGACCUUCUGGGAGAAAUGGUUGUGGAGAAGAUGGCCAAAACUGUCAUCGGGGCCAGAGCCCCCAGGACAUUCUCCAAGGCCAACGGUAACUUUGUACGUCUCAACUUAAAGAAGAAAUGUUAUGUUAGGGGCUUUGGUCUGCGGGGUAACCUCCUCCGUAAGCAGAUGUGGAAGAAGAAGUGGCAGAUGAAAGGCGAGCAGUUUGGGGGCGGCUGGCCCAGAGAUCGGGGGAAAGACUCCUGCUUCAGGUGUGGGGGUGCUGGGCACUGGGCUUCACAGUGCCCUGGAAGAGCUCUCACCUCUCACCAGCCUCCCAAGGAGGGGGACAGUAAGGCCGCUGAAAAGCAGGAGGAGAAUGAGGAAGAGCUUCCCCUUCCCACACUGGAGGAGGUGGCACAGAGAGUCAGUACUACCUCCUGCAAGGUCCCUGGGAGUGAUGAGUGGAGCAAGCAGUCUCAGCCUGAACAGCUGGUACCUCCAAGGUGGCCAGUGUACGAACCUCCCAUUCUUCCCCCUGCUGUGGAGCCACUGUAUGGCUUGGGGCCCUCCGGGCAAGUGGCAGAGACCCCAUCAGAGGUGUUCAAGACUCUGACCCAGUUUGGUCACCGCGCCUUCCGCCCUGGCCAAGAGGCUGCCAUCAUGCGGAUUCUCUCUGGCCUGUCCACCCUGGUAGUGCUGCCCACUGGCAUGGGGAAGUCCCUGUGCUAUCAGCUCCCAGCCUUCCUCUAUGCCCAACACAGCUGCUGCAUUACACUGGUUGUGUCGCCCCUCGUGUCGCUCAUGGAUGAUCAGGUAUCAGGACUCCCCAGGGGGCUGAAAGCUGUCUGUGUGCACUCCAACAUGACCAGGAAGCAAAGGGAGACAGCCAUGGAGAAGGUGAUGACUGGCAAAGUGCAGGUGCUGCUGUUGUCCCCGGAGGCAGUGGUUGGGGCUGGGGCCGGAGGCUUCAGCUGCCUCCCACCUGCAGAGCUGCCCCCCGUGGCCUUUGCCUGCAUUGAUGAGGCUCACUGCCUCUCCCAGUGGUCCCACAAUUUCCGGCCCUGCUAUCUCCGGCUUUGUAAGGUGUUGCGAGAGCGUUUGGGUGUGCAUUGUUUCCUGGGCCUCACAGCCACUGCCACCCGCACCACUGCCAAGGAUGUGGGCCAGCACCUGGGAAUCCCAGAGGAAGCCAUCUUUGGGACACACUUGGCCACCAUCCCCCCGAAUCUACACCUCUCAGUCUCCCUGGAUAGAGACAAGGACCAGGCCCUUGUGACCCUGCUACAGGGAGAACGGUUUAGAGCUCUAGGCUCCAUCAUUGUAUACUGCAACCGCAGAGAAGAGACAGCACGUGUAGCUGCACUGAUCCGGACUUGUCUCCAGGAGUCUCAGAACCUAGAAAGUCCUGAGGAUUCCUCAGGAUCCAGAGGGCGGCUGCCAGAGGCUGUGGCAGAGGCAUAUCACGCAGGCCUGUCAGCGUCGGAGCGUCGGAGGAUACAGCGGGCAUUCAUGCAGGGCCGGCUGCGGGUGGUGGUAGCCACAGUGGCAUUUGGGAUGGGGCUGGACCGGCCAGAUGUACGAGCUGUGCUGCACCAUGGGCUCCCUGGAAGCAUUGAGAGCUACGUGCAGGAGAUUGGGCGGGCUGGGCGGGAUGGGCUGCCUGCCCACUGCCACCUCUUCCUGCAGCCCCAGGGAGAAGACCUUCGAGAACUGCGCAGGCACAUCUAUGCUGACACUGUAGACUACCUGACCCUCAAGAAACUGGUGCACAGGGUGUUUGCCCCAUGCAUCUGUUCAAAGCUUCUCCAAAAGCUGCAAGUGCUGGUGGAUGCUGAGGUGAGCAGUGGGGAGAUGCUGGAGGCCCCGGAAAAGAGCUCUACUCACUACAGGCAAGAGAUGCAGGAAGUGCCCAACUCAGGACGAGAGGGAAUGCAGAAUGCUGGUCCCCAGGAAGAAAGUGAGGUUCCUGCCAAUGUGCAGAGAGCCUGCCCAGGCCAUGAGCGUGCCCUCUCUGUUCAGCAAAUGGUGGAGGCUCUGGACAUGCGUGAAGAGGCCAUUGAGACGCUGCUCUGCUAUCUGGAGCUGCACCCUAGAAAUUGGCUGAAGCUGCUGGCCCCGACCUUUGCCACUUGCCAUUUGAAAUGCUACGGUGGGCCCCCGCAGCUCCAGGCCUUGGCCAAGAGGUGCCCCCCAGUGGCUGUGGGCCUUGCUCAACAGCAGGCAGCUGCCAAAGGCAGGAGCUCCCUAGACUUCAACGUGGUGGAGCUGGCUGACUCCAUGGGCUGCAAAGCAGCCCUUGUGCGGCAGACACUAAACCAGCUGCAAUGGGAGGCGGCUCCUGGAAAGGGAGCUCCUCGUCGUACAGGGGUCCUGGUGGAGUUUAAGGACCUGUCAUUCCACAUGCAAUCCUCAGGGGACCUGACAGCCACUGAGCAGGAUGAAAUCUGUGACUUUUUGCACCAACGUAUCCAAGCCCGAGAAAGGGAGGCUCUGGCCCAGUUACGGGCCACUUUCCAAGCCUUCCAAAGGGUAGCGUUCCCCAACUGUGGGCCCUGCAUGGAGUGUGCAGAUGAAGGAAGGAGUGAACAACUGAAGAUCCUGCUCAGCCGUUACUUUGAGGAGGGGACAGCAGCACUUUUUGAGGGUCCAUUCAGGGAAGACAGUGAGCAGGACCAUGACUUUGGUCAGGCCAGACUCCAGGACUGGGAGAGUUCCAUAUGCUCUGACAUUCGCCAUUUGCUAUCCAUCCGGCAGGAGGAAAAGUUCUCAGGCAGAGCUGUUGCCAGGAUCUUUCAUGGCAUUGGAAGCCCCUGUUACCCAGCAGAGGUGUAUGGGCAGGACCGGCGAUUCUGGAGGAAAUACCUGCAUGUGAGCUUCCCCAGCCUCCUCUGCCUAGCCACAAGAGAGAUUCUUGCCUGGAAGCAAGCCUGAAAGGGCCUCAUCCCAUCACUCCCAUCAGACAGUUGCUGCCAUCCUCAUCGAGGAAAACUGUUGGCCCAU